UGAACCAGGGGUUUAUUGCUCUGCAGGACACGUUUUUCCCUGCUGUGAGACAGAAACCAUCAGCUCGGGUAUUGUAAAGUGAGAGGAGGAGUGGGAAGCCCACAGCCAGGUUGUAUUCAAGAUGGUGAUAAAAUACUGCUGUGGUCCCUACCUGAAUGAGUCCUAAGAAGGCUGGUUUGAGUUGUGCCUACAGUCCUGCUGCUGAGGUGACACUGGCACAGGGGGCCAUGCCCAGCUGCAGGCGGGUGCUGGGGCUGUCGCUGGCCCCCGGCGAGUGCACAGGAGCUGACGGCGCUGGGGCUGCCAGCACCAGACAUAGCAGCAGCAGAGAAAGACCAAGGCCAAGAUGUUUAAUGAUGCCCACUCCGAGGCUCUGGUCAGCUUCUGACUUGGCUGCUUCUGGCUGCUCGAAAGUCCCGGUCUCCUUCGCAGUGCUGUCCCCUGGCCAGUGUGGCAGGAACACUGCGGGGUGCUGCUCUGAGCUGUUAUACAGCACAGGGCACGUGUGCUUCUGUUGCAGAGCUGCCACGAGUGCAAAGGCUUGUGACAUGGAGGGGAAAGCCCUGCUAAGAACAACGCAGAGCUGUCACAUUUCACUGGAAGCAAGCGGUGCCCCGGGCAAGGUACAGCAGGAGAAACCCUUGCCUUUGGAAACGGCCUCGGCUGGGUGUGGGCACAGGCCGGUACCGCCGCAGAUGGGCGGCAGGACGGGCUGCUGCGGCUGUGAGCGUGUCGCUGAGCGCCAGGUGGCAGUGCUGCCGCGGGGACACAGCGCGCCUGCGGAGGGCUGGGGCGCCGGCAGUGUCACCCCUGCGCGGCCAAAGCCCUCCGCUCCUCCUCUCCGAGCGCUGAGCAUCCUUCUCCUUUCAUCCAUUUCUAGGCCACGCGUAUUUUCGUGAGCCGAAAUUACGUACUUCAAAUUUCUGUUGAGCAGAGAGCCCACCCUUGAGCCCGGCGACUUGUCCCUGUUUUGUCGCACAGAGGCGUCUGACGCUGCGGAUCUGCACCCAGCGGGUGGGAGCUGCCCCGGCGGGUCCGGCCCCCUGCCUCUAAACGCUGGUGUUCAGAGGAGCAUCUCGGGCUGCCAGCAGCUGCAUUUCCCUCCGGCUGGGCCUCCAGGAAGUCCCGGCCCCUGGUACAAUCUCCCGGGGCAGCUUUGGUGCGUGCGGGAGCCCCAGCUCCCUGCCCUGCAGGCAGCGGAGAGGUGCCUGGCUCAGCACAAGGGGAGCGCUCCCGCUGUGCCUUGUGAGAGGGCUGCUGUGUGCAGAAGUCCUGUUUUAUUCAUACAGGCCUUUCAUGUCCUUGUAAAAAAAAAAAAAAAAAUCCUCUGUGUUUAUACUCUAAGGUUUGAUUUUUCAUUUCUUUUCCUUCUCUUUUCCUUCCCUUUUCCUUCCCUCCCUUUUGUCACUCUUUCCCUCCCUUCCCCCUUGUUCUUUCCCCUUUAUUUCUUCUCCCUCUUUCCCCCCAUGUUUCUUCUUUUCCUUCCUAUUUUUUCUUCUUUUUCCAUCCCUUUUUCUAUCCCUUUUGCUUCCUUUUUACUUCCCUUUUUCUUCCCUUUUCCUCCUCUUGGUUUAUCCCGUUUUCUCU